AUGUCCGAAAACUUAGCUGCCCAACUUGAGGCUAUGCAGGCCCAAAUUAACACGCUCAUAGCGACCACUAUGAACCAGGCCGCCGAACUUGCAAAGUUCCGCGAACUCGCUACCGAAAACCGCCAACUUCGCAAUGAAGUGGCCGAACUCAAAACCCGCCUUGCUUCCCUUGCCUCUGAUCCUCCAAUUCAGCAACAGCACCAACCAAAGCCGGCACCUGCCACUUUAACCAACGAACCCCUCCCAGCCUCCUCUUCUCCCCGCCCACCAUUGGGCUCUGAUGCCUCCUCCUGGGCUGUUGUGACUAAAAAAAAGCGCCCCACUAACACCACCCGUCUCCGACCUGCUGAUGUUCGCAUUUUCCAGACCCCUUCUGGGCCUUCCGGCUUUAAAUACCUUUACGUUCCCCGUUCUCGCCGCCUGACUCGUCAGGAAACGAGAACCCGUCUUCGCCGCCUCGGCAUCGAUCCCUACCGUGUCCUAGACAUUUGUUUCCCUGCCCGUGCUGUCGUUGGACUUCUUGUCCAUGAGCAGUACUUCGACUUUGCCAUGGCCCAGUUCACCAAGGCCGAAAUCAAACCGUUGGAAAACUUUGAUCCUUUGGAUAUUAGUAUCCUGGCGGAUCCUGAAAUCAAAGCCAUGUCUACCGAACAUCAGGAAGCCUUCGUGUUCGAUUUGUAUCGCACACGCUGUGAAAAAGCAGUGACCCACCUUCCGUACCAUCUUGCCUCCCCCGUUGCGCGCUCCUUUGUCGAGGCCAACAUCUUGGAAGAAUCUGAUCUACCCAGACUCUUAGGCCAAUGCCGUGGUGCCCCCGCCUCUCCAGCCAACCCAACCGGUCAAAAGCAAAAGUCCUCCACCGACCCUGACCAUGAUAUGCAAGACGUUCAAAAAUCAUUAUAA